UCGCCCGGAGUCGUGGGGUGGGAGUUGCCGGUGCUGCUCGUCUGCCGCACCAUGGAGCCACGGCUGCCGCCGCCGCUGCUGCUGGGGGUGUCCUUCGUGUUGCUGUGCUCCGCAGGCCUAACAAGAAGCCUAACUAUAACCUCAUCUGACCGAUCGUUUGAAAAAGCACAAGGAGAGAGUGUUACGUUGCCAUGUACUUUUGUACUCUCAGAUGAAGAUGGAGGCCCACUUGAUAUUGAGUGGGUACUGAUACCAGCAGAUAAUCAAAAGAAGGAAGAAAUAAUAAUUAUGUAUGCUGUAGACAGGAUUUAUAAUAAGUAUUAUGGUGCUACGACUGGGCGGAUGCAGUUUACUGAUCCUGAUCCUAAAUCUGGUGAUGGUUCAUUGGAUAUCCUGAAUUUAAAAUCAGCAGACACUGGCACAUACCAGUGCAAAGUCAAGAAGGCUCCUGGAGUUCAAAGCCAAAAAAUACAGUUGACUGUAUUGGUAAAACCAGCAAGAACUAAAUGUUCCGUUGAAGGAUCACAGGAGAUUGGAAAAGACAUUACUUUGAAAUGUGCAUCACAAGAAGGAUCUCCACUGUUGUCAUAUAUGUGGAGGAGAGCAUCUACCACACAGGAACUUCCUGCUACUUCUGUGAUGAACAGAAACACAGGGGAACUUCUCUUGAAAAAUGCCUCUCAGGAAUAUUCUGGUACAUACAGUUGUGUUUCCGCAAACCGAGUUGGCACAGAUGAAUGUUCCAUUGAGCUGAAUGUCACCCCUCCUAUAAAUACAGCUGGUAUAGUUGCUGGAGCUAUUAUAGGAACUCUUCUGGGUCUUUCAGUAUUGGCCUUUCUCAUCUUCCUUUGCUGUAAGAAACAUAGAGAGAAGAAAUAUGAGAAAGAAGUGCAUCAUGAUAUCAGAGAAGACGUCCCACCUCCAAAAAGUCGCAGCUCAACAGCCCGCAGCUACAUAGGCAGCAAUCGUUCUUCUCUGGGUUCAAUGUCUCCCUCAAAUAUGGAAGGAUAUACCAAAGCUCCAUAUAGCCAAGUCCCCAGUGAAGACUUUGAACGUACUUCUGGUCAAAACCCAACAUUUGCACCUUCAAAGGUAGCUGCACCUAAUUUAAGUAGAAUGGGAGCUGUUCCUGUGAUGAUUCCAGCACAAAGCAAAGAUGGGUCCAUAGUAUAAAAUAGAAUUAAUUUAAAUGCUGUUUUUUAAGUGCUCAUUGUAAGUUUUAGAGAAAACUACUGUGUUCCAUCCCUCAUUUAAACAAUGGCAUGCAAUUUUCCUUGAAGAAAAUGAACAAGUUAGUCGGAAAAGCCACCAAUUCUUCCUUUCAAUUUUCAACUUACUAGUAUAUGACAGUUGAACUAUUUGCUAAAAGCACUGAAGUUCCAAAAUGAGUAUCAGACACUGAAGGUAUUUGGAUCUCUGGUAGGUUGCUAAAGAGAUGUUAUCAGCUAAUGUGCAGCUCUAAGUAUGUAACAGCAAGACACAAAUGAGAAGUAACAAAAGCAUUUCAUAUGUAGACCGUGAUGUUUCACAGAGUUGCUGAAACUUUAUCUUCAAUUUUUGAAUAACAAAUAUUUGAACUUGGCCAAUGUGGAUGUAGUUGCAGGAGGCUGAAAUACUGAGGAUGACUUUGAAUUCUGUUCAAACCAAGUGUUUAUGCAGUUCUUUUAACUUGGUAAUGUUUGUUUGGGGCGCAUCUUGAGCUCUUAUUUCAGGGGCUACCAGUUACUCGAUUUGGUUCAAUUAAUUUAAUGAAUCUAUUUGGAAUUUAAAAUUUCAGUGAGUGAAAAUGUGUCAGGAGAUCUUGCAAGCUCUUUGAAAUAGGGUUUUUUUCCUGUUGUAACUAGUUCUAGUCACAUCAUGUAAGUAUUGUGUUAUCGGAUUCAAGAGGUCCUAUGAGGUUGUUGGUACUAGUAUCUAAGCGUUAAAAUGUAUAGAUCAACUGUUACUGUUGCAGUAAGAAUGAAUAUGUAUCCUUACACAGGUCUGAAGUUAAGUGCACCUUGCAUUUUACAAAGCCCGUUGAGAUUCUAAGGCAAUACUCCUUUUUUCCAAAGUAAUUACUUAGAAGCUGCGUGGGAUUUUAAUUUGGAAGCUGUGAAGUAACUGGUAUUUGAUACCUAUCCUCUUGCUCUAACCUCUUGUGGAAAUGCCUUUUCCCAUUUACAUGUAAGCAGCAGUAAGCCUUUACUUAAGAUGCUAAUAUCUUUCUGGAUGAAUUCACAAGGAGUUUAAAGCUCUCUUCUCCUUGCAUCUUCAGCAGCCCUGAAUAUUAUGAAAAGGCAUUUGGACUUCUAAGGGCAAGAGUUUCGUGCAGCCAGAAUCUGAGAGGAAAUAGUUAUCUAAAACUGUUGAUACAAAUCUUAUGUUUCAAGAUGAAAAGCACUUCUUCCCAGUUUUGCAAACUUUAAAAGCAUUACAGGAGCAAUAUAACAAUUUCUUAUCUGACUUCUACACGUAUUUAAGGACUUUUGAUAGCUUUUGAUGACGGAUAUUAUAUACCUAUGGAAGCUGGAUUUAAAGCUUAGUGCAGUUUGAAUCUCUGCAUUUUUUUCCCUUCCUUUCUACUUUCUUCUUCAACCUGUGCUUGGGGGGUGGGAGGGGGUAAUCCCUUCAGUUUAUUCUAGCUAUAGAUGUUACAAGGUAUUUUGGAAAACUCUAAAGACACAUAGCAUGUGGCAAUGAUGUUGAUGAAGGAAGUAUCUGAAUCACCUGUUGAAAGAUAUUAGGAUUAUUUGUGUGUAGCAACAGUGUGAAAGAAAACACUUCCACAAACUUCUAGGAUUAGUGUCUGUGGUUUUUGUAGCUUCUUAUAGAUCUGUGAUAAGUUCUUUGGUUUAUUACUAAAGGUUUGUCCCAAUCUGUGGUUAGGUGCACAAUUUUUGGCUGGCAUUGUUAACGUAAGGAACAUACCCUUCAUACUGAAUUUAGAAACUUGAAUGGCUAUUAAGAAUUCUAGACUUACAGUUUUUACACAUUUGGGACUCUUUAGAUUGUAAACUGAUACUGUUAGAGAUCAGAUUUUUUAAUCGUUCAUGUGUGCCUUGUCAAUAAACUUUGCCUGAUUGUAACUUCAGUUUUUAUGAAAUUUCUGGUGCCUAAACUUGCUGUUUGAACAGGUGCUUAGAUGGUACAAUUCUUAAAAUGACACUGUGAUCUGAUUUCUUGAUUCUUAUGUACUAUUUAUACCUCUUCAUACCUAUUUUUGGAUGUGACUUUGGUGUCUCUCUCUGUAUUGUUCUGUAUUUCAAAAUGUCAGUUACUUUUUCAAAUGCUAAUUAUGAUUUAAGUGUUUCUAUUCCUGGAAACUGUUCCGUUGUUGUACCAAUGAGACGAAUGUUUGACUUUUACUUGUGUGGUAAAUACCAGGUUUAGUUUAGUAACUGUGCCAAACAUGUACUUGGGAAGAACAAUAGAUGAGGAGACAUCUUCCUGCAUCCAAUUGUUGUGAUAGAAGAGACUUCUGAGAUUUUUAAUUAUACAUUGAUUGUUUACCUUAAAACUAAGGCCUUCCUUAAUUAAAAGGGUAUAGUUCUAAUAAAUACUAGGUAGAGCACAAAACUAAACGGAAUCACAGACCAAGAGAAAGCUAUGAACCUAAGCAACCAGGCAACAAAUCUUACUGAAUUUGGACAUAUGUGUUUUUCUUUGUUUUUUGUUUAUUUACUUUUGAUUUUGUGUUUCCUGGUGGGUUGUUUUUGUGGGUUUUGUUGUUUUGUUGUGUUUUUUUUCUAGUUUGGCCUGAGGCCCUGUGCUUAGUCAGGUAAGCCCUAGGACACUCAAAAACUGAAACCUAUCUCACUAAAGUGUACAGAGCAGAGUUUACACAUGCUUAACGCUCUGUCAGCUUGCACAAAAAAAUAAGUGGACAAAACAGAAGGACAGCACGAUGUGCCCUCAGAGCCUAGCUGUUGGGCUUAGCAGCUUUGACAGUGUCUGUCUAUUUAUGUAAUUGCAUGGAAAAUAAAGGAAAUAGAAUCUGACAUAGUCCUUAUCUGAAAUAAUGAACCACUGACUUGGGGUGAACUUUGCUUCAAGUUGCUAUCAUCACACCUUUUUGAAUGGGUAGAACACUACUAUAAAAUCUAAUACUGCUAUUAAAAAUUAUUCCUUUUGUCAGUAGAUUUGCUCACAGUGGAUUAAGAUUCAUUCUCAGAAGCAGCUACUGUAGUUUAGCAACGUUUCCUAGCUGUGUAGGAGAUGAACUGGUUAAACACAUGAGGUGUCCGAUCUUAGAGAUAACUCUGCUUCCUAAAGGAGUUCUGUUAGCAAUGGCAGCUGAUAUACCAGUUAGAAGGUGGCAUUUUUAAUGUCUCAUGUAGAAAAUUUAAAAAAAGGGGGGGGGGGGGAGCAGGGCAAGUGUGUGGGAAGUGGUACUGUUAUGUAAAUACUCCAAGUGAACUCAAGAAACCUCUAGUUAAUGUCAUGACUGUAAACGUGUCCACUGAGGAUUAGUAUAUAUAGAAGAAACUAUUGAAUUUAGCAUGGUGUGAAUAAGAUGUUAGAUUUGUGAUGCUGCAGAGGUUAUGUAACACUGUAACACUUGUCCAUACAUUGCAAGCAUUUUCAUAAACUCUCUGAAAUGGAUAUUUAAAGAUGUUUGUGUGAAACUUCCUUACCUAAAAAUGCAUUCUUCUUCCAGAACUGUGCAGUGCACAGAAAUGCCUUGUUGAAGGGGUGGAACAUGACUUGUGAAAGAAAUGUACAAUGCACACAUCUUUAUCAACUCUGAUAGUUGCGUUCAUUUUAGAUGUAUGCUUCCUGUUUAAUAGUACAAGUAAAGAAUUCUGAAUUGCAAGUUUUUAUGUAAUGCUGAAUAUUGUAUAUUACUGGUUUCCAUGAUAAGCUUUUGAUUUUGUUCUUUGCAAUGUAUAUUCUGGAUCACUUUAGACCUUUGUUCCAGUCUAAAGACAUAGUACUACUUGUGUCACUUAAACCUUGUUUUAUACACCUGAUAGGUGCUCUAUGGGACCCUUUGGUUGUUGGUCUUCUACCAUUGAAGCACAGCUCAGCUGAAAUUGGAGCAAUAACAUUUCCUGGAAUUCAAAAUAUUAUGUUACACUUCUCAUGCACAAAGCAUGGACUCGAUAUGAAUUUCAGUAUGAAGUUUUAUAUUCAUGCUUUUGAGGGAAUGGUAUUUUAAAAUACAAAUAUUGUGAGUGAAUUUGUAAAAACAAAGUCAGAAACUUUAAAAUGUUGUAGUUCCAUGACAGACGUGUACUUUUUGAAAUAAAACUG